AUGGCAGAUCAUGAUUGUAAUGACCCUAAUCACUCACACGACAACGUUGAUGGUAUCGAAUUCAAUUUGAAUCGAUAUAUUGAUACUGCUCAGAUUACUUGUUUGAAUGAACGAACAAAGGGUUCUGCAAGACAACUAUUCAGAGCUUGGGAAGAAAGAUUAGAUGAAUCAAAGUUUGUAGAAAGUGACGCAGACCCUGAAUUAAUUAUCAAUAUACCAUUUGGAGCAUUAACACAAAUAAGAAGUAUUAUUGUGAUUGGAGGAGGAAAUGAUUCAGCACCAAACAAGAUGAAAGCCUAUUUAAACAAAGAUAACAUUGAUUUUGGAAAUAUAAACUCUAUCACUCCAAUUCAAGAAUGGCAAUUACAUGAAGAUUUUGAAGGUCAAAUCAGUUAUAAUACAAACACUUUGACAUUAUACUUUCCAACUAGUUUUGGAGCUCCAAGAACAAAGAUACAAUAUAUUGCUUUAAAGGGUGUAUACACAAAUGCAAGAAGAGAAGUAGUCAAUACAGUUUAUGAAAGUCGUCCACAAUUAUCUGAUCAUAAAGGAGCUGCCGAUGAUUUGGUUGGAAGAGCCAAUGGAUACUAA